AUGGAGCCGAACAUACAUUCCGAAAAAAAUAUCACCUGCGAUCUGCAAGGGAAUUUGUCGACCGCAAUAUUCUUAACACUCAUUAUAACUACUGCGCUAUCCGCCACAGUGGGGAACAUACUCAUCUGUAUGGCUGUGUAUAAAACCAAGACUCUAAGAACACCCGCCAACUAUCUUCUUGUCAGCCUCUCUGUAGCAAGCCUUUUGUUUGUUCCCGUGUUGGGGGGUUACUCGUUCUCUCUCACCAUCAAAGAAUGCGAUCCGAGGGCUAAAACUCUGUGCACGUGGUCUUCGAAAAUGGAUUGGAUUUUAUUCUGUGUUGUUAUGCUUCACUUGCUGUUUAUAUCGUUGGAUCGACUGUUGGCCAUAAAACUACCAAUGAGAUACCCAGUGUUGGUGACCACAAAACGCACGUUCAUAACAAUAACUGUCCUGUGGAUCAUUGGCAUUGUGGAAGGCUUUUUGCCAAACAUUAUGAGGGAAAUUAAAGGAGAAGACGCCCGCGCUCUUCUGGAGCUGAUAUAUGGUUGUCUUCGAAAUAACCUUAUCCCAGACGAAAGCGACUUACAACCCAUAAUCCCUCACUUCCUAAUUCUUAUAACAGUUGGUAUCUUACUGCCCAGCGGUAUCAUGCUGAUUUCACAUGCGUGGAUUUUCAUAAUCUCCUUUAAACAAUACAGACAGAUAAGAACACUGGAGGACGCUUUCUCGCAGAGGCGUGUCACUGAAAUGCGCGCCGCUAAGACGGUAUCUGUCAUCGUGUUUUCAGCGUUGGCUUGUUUCGCACCUGUGCUCGCUGUGACUCUCAUCACAACAUUUGAGCCGCCCAGCGGUAACCUACUGAACGCAAGUAAAGCGAUUGUGAAGUACAGUCUCUUUCCGAGCCUUAAAACUCUGUACUUAUUAGCAAUAAGCUUCCACCCUUUGAUUUACGCAUUGAAAAGUGAGCCUUUCAAGGUGGCAUUCAAGAGGAUGCUUCGGCCUUGCUGGACAAACUGCCGUCCAAAGCCCCCUCGGAACGUUCAUAAUGGAGAGCUUACAGUUUGA